GCCUGGUUGUCAAGGCUUCGGUGGCUCCAUUCACCAUUUUGCGACUGUAGCGUAGAAUGUACAGAGGCAGGAUUUUUUUUCCUCCUCAUUUUUAAGUUGCCUCACCGGAGAAACAUGAGCGACGACUGACUAGCAGCUGCGGACGACUGGAACCGGCCUCCCUGCCCUGUUUUCACUCGCGGACUUGGCAGCAUUUAGACGAGUACAGCUGGUCCAGCUUGACGUUAGCGCAUCUCUCGGAUAAAAAGGCAGCAAGUUGCGAUGAGAGUGAGCAACCCUGGCAGAAGAAGUGACUAGAGCGCUGGGGGGCGGGGGGGAUCGAGGAGAAAGCAACAAAGACAAAGACUAGCUUGAUGACAAGAUGAAGCCAAUAAAAAAGCAGGGCCGGCGUUCCCCCCCCUCUACCCGGGCCAAAGGGGGGAAGCGCCGUGGAGCAGGUGAGGCCACCGAAGGAGGGGAAAAAAGAGACUCUGACAAAAACCGAGACCUGCAAGGCCAAGAUCCCUUCUCUUUUUCAUCCCACUCAGAGUCCUCCGACCCAACCAGAAACCGGGACUCUUCAGACGGCGAAUCGCUUGUCAUGGACUCUGCGAAAGAGGAUCGACCAGCACAUUGGGUAUUGAGCCACAGCGAUAGCGGCGGCAGCAGCUGCAGUAACAGUAGCACGCCAAGCGCCAACAGCAGUCCUAACCCCACGUCCAGUCGCAAAACCGCCACCUUCAAGGCCCGCAUUCCCAAGAAGAAAUACACAUCAGAACACUGCUCAAUCACUGCUGCCAGUAGCCAUAGCAACGCUGUAUCCAGCACGCCCCCUCCUCUUCUGCUGAGCAGUGGAGCCCUCAACCAGGGAUCAUCGUGUUCAGGUAGUCCUGACAGCAGCAGUCAAAGUCGCAGCCUGAUGGCGGACUUCCACGACUUGACCACCGUCAGGGAGCCACCUCAGGAUGGUUCCCCGGGACCUCCUAUCCUGUCACUGCGAGUGGAGAGGCCAGGAGGGGUAGAGGUGGCCCGGGAUGCAGAGCGAGUGUCUCCCAACCCCCUGCCCCGCUGCUCCUCCACGGACACUGCAAGUGAGCACUCUGCAGACCUGGAGGUAGUGACAGAUGUUUCCCCAUGCCCGUCCUCCAGCCUGCCCGACGCUCUGUCUGAUGCUCUGGCCAAAGGACUCAAGAAUCAGCGCAUCCUCGCCCGACAGCUCAUGAGAAUAAGUGACAAGGAUGGAGGAAGCGAAGGGAGAAACAAAGGGAAGACUUUAGGCUCGGUGUUUCGUGCCGGUGUGGUCCGCAGAGUCAAUGGUGAAUAUGGAAGCCUGGAGGUGCAACUAAAUGGGGAGAAGGCACUCUGCCGUUAUCCUUAUAGACACAACAGCCCACCAGGGGCUGUAGAUAUCAUUCUGGAUGCUCCCCCGCCUGGUGUUGACCCCAUAUUGCUCGGCACCCGCGUCUGUGUGCCCUUUAGCCACGAGGAAGGUGGCGAAGGCCAGUGGUACCAGGAAGGCAUGGUGACCCAGGUGGACACUCACCCAGCUGUGGCUAACUGCUACCGUGUCCUGUUGUCUGAUGAACGAGCUUCAUCUGCCAACGAACAUGAGGAUGGCAGAGGUGCAGGCGGUGCAACGCAGGCCGUGUGGGUGUCCAGACAAACACUCCGGCUCCUGGUGCCACCUUGGGACCUGGACUUACCAUCAAGGGGGGCGGCGGAGGGCAUGCGAGAUAACGAAAGGGAGCAGGAGGACAAGGAUGAAAUGGACGUGGAGCAGGAGUUGUGUCGGUUAAGCCGCGGUAUGAUACCAGGUGUGGGAUCUGUGUUGGGAAGGGUGUACCCUUGCAUGGCUCCUUUGUCCUCCACAUCAGGACACAGCAUUACCACUCCAGUCACUCCGGCCUCAGUCCUCAGCCUGGCUCCUGGCCGGGAAUGGGACAUUGAAAAAGACUUUGCAAGGGAGAGGGAUCUCCAGAGAAAACAGGAAAGAGAAAGGGAGAAGAGUGCGAAGCAACAACAGCAACAUCAUUCCUACAUGCCACUCACCCCAGAGGAGGACAUGGAGGUGUCCCACUUCAACAUGGUGCCAAUGGGGGCCAUUAUCCCGGUGGGCAAACCCAUGGCACUGCCUCAACACCGCCACAUUGUCUCUAAGCCCCCUCCCGGCUACCUCAAUCCUCACCUGUCUGUGGUGCAGGGCAUGGGAAUCCCCUCUGGCCACCUGACCCUGAACCCUCACCCCCCUCCUUCCCCUGUCCUGCUAGGCCUCGACCCAGCCGUGGCAGCCGCGGCCGCUAGUGCUGCUGUCAUUUCCACGCCCCAGCUCCAGCCCCUCCCGCCUAUCUCCUCCUCUAGCACGCCCUCCUCCAGAGUGGAGAAAGCAUCAGGAGGCGGCUCCUCUGGUGGAGGUGGUGGUGGAUCUGGGUCAGGUUCCACUUCUUCCUCCUCUUCACGUUCACGCACCCCGCUGACAGCCGCCCAGCAGAAGUACAAGAAGGGAGAUGUGGUUUGCACGCCUACGGGCAUCCGUAAGAAGUUCAACGGGAAGCAGUGGAGGAGGCUGUGCUCCCGGGAAGGCUGCUCCAAAGAGUCGCAGCGCAGAGGAUACUGCUCAAGACACCUGUCCAUGAGGACCAAGGAGAUGGAAGCCAGUGGAGGCAUCCGGGAGCGAGGAGGGGCUAGCAGCACGGGGACCUUGACCCCAUCUGACCUCCGACUGAGCGGGGAACGAGCCAGCUCUGAGUUUGACUGGGAUGAGACUUCUCGGGAAAGCAGUGAGGCCAGCAGCCGCGGAGGAGAUUCCCGCCCCCGCCUGGUCCUUCCUUCCCUUCUCCCCCAUGACCUUUCUCGCUUUGACUUUGACGAGUGUGAAGCAGCAACCAUGCUGGUCUCCUUGGGGGGUUCCCGUUCAGGCACACCCUCUUACUCACCCAUCUCCAACCAGUCGCCGUUCUCCCCGACCCCGUCACCUUCCCCCUCACCACACUUCGGCUUCCGCCCGGCAAAUUUCAGCCCCAUCACUGCGCCGUCUUCGCGCCGCCACCGACAGCUGAGUGGCACCAAAUUGGGCACUUUAGGCACAGAACGAGAGCGCCACCUCUCAGGCAUUGUGCCGACUUUUCAGACCAACCUCACUUUUACGGUGCCCAUGAGUCCCAGCAAGAGGAAGCUUGACACCCAUCCGCCUCCUCCACUGCCAGCAGUCCAGGACUACCAGAACAAACAUGAGCAACAGGGGGUGGGGGAUCUGAAUCUUGGCCCUGCUGCCUUCAGAGUUCUUUCUCCCCAGAGUCAACCCACAACCCCAUCCUCGCUGAUUUUCCCCCAUCCACGUAGCACCACCAGCCGACCGCCAUCCUCUGCUGCUUCGACACCCCCGCCCAUGCUGGUCUCCCCAACUCCCCCCUCCCCGCUGCCGCAGGAACCUUCUCUGCGCCGCAUCGUGCCCCUGCGGGACUCCCCAGUUAUUGUCCGCAACCCAGAUGUCCCCCUGGCCAAGUUCUCUGAGGACUCCCUAGCAAGGCAAGAGAGGAGUCGGUCCAGGGAGCUCAUCCAGGCCCAACAUGCGGCUCCUCCGGGCCUGCAGGCGCCUGUUCCCAUCAACGGAGCUACCACCAAUGGCGCGGUUCUGCUGCGCAACCCUGGUUCUGCUCUGGUCCUGGUCACCUCCAGCUCUUCCUUGACCCCAGCCUCAGCAGGCCACGUCGCCCUCUCCAGCUCCUCCACCCCGGUCUCAAUGUCAACCGCCGCGGGUCCCACCCUGUCUUUGUCAGGAUCCGGGGGCCGGGAGAGGAAACCCGAAGCCAGUGGAGGGGCCCUACCUCAACCGGUUGCCUGCCACCCCACACCAACGGCCCUGCUGCCGCUCAUAUUGCCGGCCGAGUCUCCUCACCCUGCUCCACGCAAGCAAAUCAUCAUGGGACGCCCUGGCACAGUGUGGACCAACGUGGAGCCUCGCUCUGUGCCAGUGUUCCCCUGGCACUCGCUCGUCCCUUUCCUGGAGCCCAGCCAAUCAGGAGCGGCCGCCCAGCCCGCUGACGGCCAGCAGUUUGUCAAUCAGAGCCCAGAGCCUCGAUGUGGCGUGGCCCUGGUAAGCGACGGGCGCCCUCGCCCACCAGACUCGGACAGGGGAUCCCCGUCACGCCCACCUCUCGCCAAUGACAACCCUCACAUGGAGAGGGGCGGGGCCGACAGCGAGACGGAGAGUGACAUAGAUGACCCCUUCUCCCCUGGUGUGGCCGCCAGUGAUCCGGCGCCCUCGUCUGGCCCUGCGAAGAGACGCACGCAGUCCCUCAGCGCCCUGCCCAAGGACGGAGACAGGAAGAGGGAGAAAGACCACAUCCGUCGUCCCAUGAACGCCUUCAUGAUCUUCAGCAAGCGCCACCGAGCCCUGGUACACCAGCGACAUCCCAACCAGGACAACAGAACGGUCAGCAAGAUCCUGGGGGAGUGGUGGUACGCCCUGGGACCCAACGAGAAACAGCAGUACCACGAUUUAGCCUUCCAGGUGAAGGAGGCCCACUUUCGAGCUCAUCCAGACUGGAAGUGGUGCAACAAGGACAGAAGGAAGUCUCUGUCUGAUGGCCGAGGGGCCGCCAAGGAGCCGCGGGAGAGGAGCAUGUCCGAAAGUAUAGACACUCAUUUGGAGUCUCAGGCGCUGGAGGGCAAGUUGGGAAGCUCGGGAUGGACGGGCGGAGCAGACCUCCAGGGGGGGCCCUUUGGUGGGCAGCACCCCCGUCCCAGAGCGUUUUCCCAGAGCGCCGUGCACACCCUGGAGCAGAGAGAAGGCGAAGGAGACCACGAGAAGGAGGAGGAAGCAAGCUUUUUCCAAAACCAGCCUCUGCCACACGGCCCACACCAGGGCGGCGUCAGCGAGGACGUCACCAGCGAUGAGGAGCGCAUGGUCAUCUGUGAGGAGGAGGGGGACGAUGAUGUCAUGGAGGAUUCGUGUCCCGAAGGCUACAUUGACCUCAAAUGUAAGGAGAGGGUGACGGACAGCGAUGAAGAUGAACCUGAUGGGCAGCAUGGCUUCCAGCCACUCUCUAGCUCCUCCCUCCCCUGCCCCUCGCCUCCCACCCCCCACGCCGACUCCACUCCAGGUAAAGGGAAGGCAGGAGGAGGAGGAGGAGGUGGUGCUGAUGAAGACUGUGAGAGGAAGAGAAAGAAGGAAGCAGGAGAGGAGGUGGGAGGUGAAGGUGGAGUCGGAGGGGGCGGACAGGGUAUCACCUUCCUGCCUAUCGCGGCUAGCACGCAACCCCCACAGGGUGUGACCCAGUUCCUCAGCGCCACCAGCGCCGUGGUGACCAACGUGGUGCGACCCAUUGCCAGCACGCCCGUGGAGGGUUCCGUCACCCUCAGCUCCCCUCCUCACGACAAGACAGCGACGCUCCUCAUUGGAGGAGGCCAGCAGCUGCCAAUUGCCGCGGGGGGUGGGUACCUGUCCUCAACCUCCUCCCCCACCUUGGCGGGCAGCAGCGUGGUAACUAGCCUCGUUUUGGGAGGCUCCUUGACACCCCCCCAGCCCUUGAAGCUUCAGCCCCCCCUAGCUGUAAUAAGACCCGCCGCCACCACCUCUCCCCUUGCUUUCCCCCCUGUUGGUCCCAAGCCGCUAGCGCAGGUCCAGUACAUCCUGCCCGCCCAAAGCCCUUCUCCGCCUCAGCUCACCCACCAGCAAAUGCUCUCAGUGCCCACUGACGCCCCCUUGGCCAAUGGCACACACUUGGGAGCGGGAGCUACAGCUACGUCAGGAUGCAGAGUUCAAAGCCAGCUGCAGAGCAAGAUGCUGGUUCCCAUGGCAACUGUCAGAGCGGGGUCCACGCCUCCGCAUCCUCCCAUCUCCUUGGUGGCCCCGCCUCUUCCUGUGCAAAACAGCCCCCCCACAGGAAACAAGAUCAUUCAGAUUGCUCCCAUGCCCGUGGUCCAGACCAACGUACACACGGCAGCAGUGCACCAUGGGAGCCCCUUUCCUGUUUCCAUGGCGACGAUGAUGGCUCCCGCUGCACCUGCGCCCCCACAGACCGUUCUUCUGACCUCUCCGCCCACCAGGAUCACCUACGUUCAGUCCGGCCCAGGCGCUACCGCGGCGAUGCCCCAGCAAGCCCCCCCCCCUCCGGGUUCUGCCUAUCUUCCAUCUCCUCUGACGACGUUAGGCUUCACGGCCCUCGCACCGGGCAGCCAGACUCUGGUUCAGCCCAUCACCUGCCAGAACCACACGGCCAAGGCAGCUGCACCCGCUGCACCCGCUGCACCCGCUGCCUGUCAGGUUCUAACCGCCAUCUACACUGCUCCGCUGGCGCCGAGCGUGGUCACCGUGACAACAGCGCCCUCAGCGCCCGACACCAUGGACCAUGACGGGCCCAAGCUGAUGCAAGGCGCGACGGCAAGCGUGGACCAGAAGGUGGACGUGACGAAGGAGCUGGACGCUCCCGCUGAGGAGGAGGAAGAAGGCCAGCAGACCUCCAGCUCUGUCUUCACACCCGCAGAGGUCACAGCACAACAAGAAGACGACGCCGCUCACUUCAUCAAGGAGGAGAGUGUCGGAGAAGAGAAAGAAGACCAUGUGGAGCAGAGGAUGAAGGAAAACCGUCAAGAGAAAAGAGGCGGAGAGAUGGAGAAGGAGGAGCCAAGCAGCAAAGAGGCCACAGCUCAUACCCCUCCUCCUCCACCAUCUUCAAACUUGGACCCCCCUCCUCCUCCGUCCGCCGAAAAAGAGCCCGCUUCCUCCUCCAAGAGGAUCAAGUUCCGACCUCCACCCCUGAAGAAGACUCCCGAUUCUCAGGACAAGGUUUUGUCAGAGACGUAUUUUGAGGAGCGUUUUGCCGAGCUGCCAGAGUUUAACCCGGAGGAGGUGCUGCCCUCGCCCACGCUGCAGAGUCUGGCCACGUCCCCUCGAGCCAUCCUGGGCAGCUACCGCAGGAAGAGGCGCAACUCCACGGAGCUGGAGCCGGCCGUGGAGGACCCAAGCUCACCGAGGAGGAAGACUCGCCGCCUCUCCAGCUGCAGCUCCGAGCCCAACACCCCGAAGAGCGCCGCCAAGUGUGAGGGAGAUAUCUUCACCUUUGACAGAGCAGGUACAGAAGGGGAGGAUCUCCUGGGAGACUUGGACCGGGUGCCCUUCUCCUCGCUGCGUAGGACUCUGGAUCAGCGCCGGGCUCUUGUCAUGCAGCUCUUUCAGGAACAUGGAUUCUUUCCCUCAGGAGACAGCGGCAAGGUGACGACAGUGGUGGCCACGCCGGGACAGGGCCCGGACCGCCCACAGGAAGUCUCCUACAGUGACAUCAAGGUCAUUGGCAACGGCUCGUUCGGGGUGGUCUACCAGGCCCGACUCAUCGACAGCCAAGAGAUGGUGGCCAUCAAGAAGGUUCUACAGGAUAAGAGGUUCAAGAACCGUGAGCUGCAGAUCAUGAGGAAGCUGGACCACUGCAACAUCGUCAGACUACGUUACUUCUUUUACUCCAGCGGAGAGAAGAAAGAUGAAGUGUACCUCAACUUGGUGCUGGACUUUGUCCCUGAGACAGUCUACAGGGUUGCCCGGCAUUUUAACAAGAACAAGAGCAUCAUUCCUGUCAUCUACGUCAAGGUGUACAUGUACCAGCUGUUUCGCAGCCUGGCCUACAUUCACUCUCAAGGCGUGUGUCAUCGCGACAUCAAGCCCCAAAACCUGCUUGUGGACCCGGAAACUGCCAUCCUCAAGCUAUGCGACUUUGGCAGCGCCAAGCAGCUGGUCCGCGGCGAGCCCAACGUCUCGUAUAUCUGCUCGCGCUACUACCGGGCACCUGAGCUAAUUUUCGGCGCCACAGAUUACACGGCCAACAUCGACAUUUGGUCGGCGGGCUGUGUGUUGGCCGAGCUUCUGCUGGGCCAGCCAAUCUUCCCCGGCGACAGUGGUGUGGAUCAGCUGGUGGAGAUCAUCAAGGUGCUUGGCACCCCUACUCGGGAGCAGAUUCGAGAGAUGAACCCCAACUACACUGAAUUCAAGUUCCCUCAGAUCAAAGCUCAUCCUUGGACCAAGGUGUUCAAGCCUCGCACGCCGCCAGAGGCCAUCGCGCUCUGCUCUCGCCUGCUGGAGUACACGCCGGCCUCCCGCCUCUCUCCGCUGGAGGCAUGUUCGCACACCUUCUUUGAUGAGCUGAGGCAGCCCAACAUGCGACUGCCCAGCGGCCGCGAGCUGCCAAUGCUCUUCAACUUCAGCACUACAGAGUUGUCCAUCCAGCCUCAGCUCAACUCCACACUCAUCCCUCCACACGCUCGCGCUCACACGGCCGCUUCUCAUGAUGGCACCGGCCCGGAUGCAUGCCAUCUGGGUUCAGCACCAAGAUCUCUUAACAACAUCUGAAGUGGCCAAUCAUCUGCUUUGCCUACCAGCGAGCCCUGCCCUCUCCUAGACUCACACACACACACACACACACACACACACACACAGCGCUGUCUGGCUGCUGCUACUGUGAUAUGUGAAGGUUCAAUAGUGGGGGCUGGUCCUCUGUAAUAUAACCUUUUUUUAUUAUUAUUUGCAAUCAAUUUCCUUCUGUUCUUCAUCCAUGUUUGUGUUUAUUUAUUGGACUUUUCCUGACUUGGAUGGAUUUAGCUUCUUGAGGCCUUCUGCCAAGUGUUGAAGUUUGAUGUGAGGAAUAAGAGGUCAACCUGCCUGAGCGAGACCAGGAUGUUCAGUCGGUCAUCAGGGUGGAGGAGGUGUUCACUCAGGAGAUAUUCCCAGCUUCUUCCCACCACACGUUUCUUAGCAUUAGCAUUUUUGUUAUUGUUAUUGUUGGCAAGUUCAGGCUCUGUCCUUCAUUUCUUUUCACCAAAACCAUUUCAAUCCUUUUUCGACUCCAAAAAGACAAGAAGCAUCGUUUUACAGUGCUCCUCUGAUGGUGUUUUUAGACAUUUUUUUAAUGUUUUAAAGCCCUGAACCACGCUGGAGGCACGAGCACACACUACAGUUGGCUUAUCUUCAUGUUGCAAACGUCAUGUAGCCUCAACACCAGCUUGGAAGGUCAGAGGUCAAAGUACUUGAUGAAUGUCAGCGGUCCUCAUGUAGCAGCAUUCAUCUCAGUCAUUCAUACUUUUUUAUAUUUCCUGGCACAUUCAUGUGGUGACUGGAAGGUAUUCUUAUUUUCCAUGUCUUAGCUAAGUCGCACAUGUUUGAAGCCGUUGUGAUGCCCCGGCUGCCUGUGUAAAUAUCAUGGAUUUGAUCCUUUCACCUGCUUUUCCAGAGCUCUUUGUAUCUCCUUUCACACAUUCUGUCUGUACGUUUGUUGUUUAUUCUGUAAAUACGGCUCCUGUGUCACCACACAAACUGUAAAUAUUGCAAAAGAAGAAAGAAAAAAAUAGACUGCUGUUUGUCGACGACCUUUCUCUCUCUUUCUCGUCCAAGUAGCGGUUCGCUGAUCACGUUUCCGGUUUCCUCAACUCUUCCUGUGUCUCUUCUCCCUGUGCAAACUCACUAACACCCCCACCCCCACCCCCAGCCUGUAUAGGAUGGUCUUACACCGCAUAGCCUGCAGGUGGCGCCACAGUGCCCCAGUAGCUCGGACCCUCUCCCGUCUCUUGAUGCGGCGCCCGCCUGCUGUUUGGCUGCUUGCGCGUGCCAUGAUAUCUGUGCAGUAUUUAGGGAGGGAAAUGUGGUUUGCAGGGAACUUUGUGUGUGUGUGUGAGAGAGAGAUCUCCGGAGUAUGGACGCUAAUAACCUUGGGCAUUUUUCUAAUGUGUGCUGUAAGGAGGUCAAGAGUGCUGCUAAUCAUCACAUUGAUGUGGUGCGACUGCAAACAGUCUCAGCGUGUGUGAGACCUCCUUAGAGGUGUGACUGUUUUUAAGUUCCCUCCCUGAUUUUACCCCUUCAGCUGUGUGCGUGUGGCCUGGUGAAGAGAAGGAGAGAGAAAGAAAACCAUGUCUGUUUCGUGUGCGUGUAUACUGUAUGUCACGUCAUUUACUGUAAUAAAGUGUUGAAACUGUGUUU